GGAUCAUAUUGGGACAAAAAUACCCUGCAGUUAAACCUAAGUAUGUAGUAUGGUGGAUUUAGCUAACAACUAGUAAAGUACAGCACGGAUGUGGGUAUAGGUGAUGACCCUAAAGCCUAAAAGUACCAUAAUUGCUACAACUAAACUGGAGCACAUAUAUUGGUCAAACCGGAAAGUAGUUUCCGAUUUGACCAAACAUAAUUUUACACAAUUCACCAGAAGGAAUUGCAAUGACCUAAAUUGAGAGAUGGAUUAAAUGUUGCAUGUCUAUAAAGUAGCCUGAUGAAAUGUUUAUUCUUUCUGUUCGUUACUUUUGUUAUUUAUUAUAAUAAUUAUUUUCACAGUACUGACUGAGCCUAAUCCCACUGGUCAUAGAUUCCUGUGAAGGACAGACGGACUGAAGUCCGCGGUAAACAAAUAGAAGAAUCCCCCUGUGGCUCCAGCAGCUGUACCCAGCCGUCCAAUGAAAAGCCGUGACCAAAAAUCUCCGGACCAAUCAGAAGAGAGACCUGGGUUUUUAACACGUCGCCGGAGUUUAGUGAAGUUUGUCUGGAAACGAAGCCUCCUUUUUGUGCUUCUUGUUGUUUUUCAAACCUACGGGUAAAUAAACAUGGCGAUGCCGACGUGGGAGAGAAAAGCGCGCACAUUCCUCUGCGUUUUGGGUUUGUUUUUGUCUGCUUACGCGCUGCACGUCGAGCUGUCCCGAGAGAGGAACCCGGAUUACAGGGCGAUGUGCGACCUGGGGGAGUCCGUGAGCUGCUCCAAGGUCUUCACCUCCAGAUGGGGACGAGGUUUCGGCUUGGUCCAGUUCUUUGUGGCCAAAGACAGCCUCCUCAACCAGCCCAACAGUGUGCUUGGCCUCCUGUUUUACACUCUGCAGAUGGGCCUGGGACUUUCUCUCUCCAAAAAAGCAGCAGCGCUCUUGGUGCUCUUCUCCUGGGUGUCCGUGGCCGGCUCGCUCUACCUCGCAUCUAUCCUCGCCUUUGUUCUGGGGGACUUCUGCAUGGUCUGCGUGUCAACAUACCUGGUCAACUUUGCGUUGCUCUUCACCAACCUGAGACGUAGGACGGCAGUGGAAGGGAUGAAGGAGAAGGCUGGAUAGAAAGUGCAGUACAAUUGGAAAAGCCAGUUCUCUCUCACAGUUUUUUGUGUUUUUUUUUGCAUUGCAGGAGAAACAGUAGAUAAGAUGAUUUAAAUUAAAUAAAAUAGCUUUGUAGAGGAA